AUGCAGCCGGUGUACCGGGAAGUGAAACCCAACCCGCUACAGAAUGCCAACCUCUGCUCGCGCCUGUUCUUCUGGUGGCUAAACCCCUUGUUUAAAAUUGGUCACGAACGGAGACUAAAAGAAAAUGACAUGUACUCGGUGCUUCCAGAAGAUCGCUCCCAGCACCUCGGAGAAGAGCUGCAAGGGUACUGGGAUCAAGAACUUUUGAGAGCCAAAAAAGAUGCACAGGAGCCUUCUUUAAUGAAAGCAGUCAUAAACUGUUACUGGAAAUCCUAUGUAGUCUGGGGGAUUUUUACGUUUCUUGAGGAAAGCACCAAAGUAAUUCAGCCCAUAUUUUUGGGGAAAAUUAUUAGCUAUUUUGAAAACUACGAUCCUACCAGUUCUGUCACUUUGUUCGAAGCCUACGCCUAUGCUGCAGGGCUGAGUGCCGGCACACUAAUUUGGGCCAUUCUGCACCAUUUUUAUUACUAUCAUAUUCAGCGUGUGGGGAUACGGUUAAGAGUAGCCAUGUGCCAUAUGAUUUACUGCAAGGCACUUCGCCUGAGUAGCUCGGCCAUGGGGAAGACCACCACAGGCCAGAUAGUCAGCCUGCUGUCCAAUGAUGUCAACAAGUUUGACCAGGUAACAAUAUUCUUGCACUUCCUGUGGGCAGGGCCACUACAGGCUAUUGCAGUGACCGCCCUGCUCUGGAUGCAAAUAGGAAUAUCAUGUCUUGCUGGGAUGGCGGUUCUCAUUAUUCUUCUGCUUUUGCAAAGCUGCAUCGGGAAGUUGUUUUCAUCACUCCGGAAUAAGACUGCAGUUCUCACAGAUGAAAGGAUCAGGACCAUGAGUGAAGUUAUAACUGGCAUCAGAAUAAUAAAAAUGUAUGCUUGGGAAAAGUCAUUUAUAGACCUUAUUGCCAGAUUGAGAAGGAAGGAAAUUUCCAAGAUUCUGAGAAGUUCCUACCUUAGGGGAAUGAAUUUGACAUCAUUUUUCACUGUAAGCAAAAUCAUGAUUUUUGCCACUUUCAUCACCAAUGUGCUCCUUGACAAUGUGAUGGCAGCCAGCCAAGUGUUUACGGUGGUGACACUGUACGAGGCCCUGCGGUUUACAAGCACCCUCUACUUCCCCAUGGCCAUCGAGAAAGUGUCAGAGGCUGUCGUCUGCAUCCAAAGAAUCAAGAACUUUCUGUUACUUGAUGAAAUAUCACAGCACAACCCUCAGCUUUCAUCAGAUGGUGAAACGAUGGUGAACGUGCAAGAUUUCACUGCUUUUUGGGAAAAGGCAUCAGGAACCCCAACCCUACAAGGCCUUUCCUUUACUGUCAGACCUGGUGAACUGUUGGCUGUGGUCAGACCUGUGGGAUCAGGAAAGUCAUCACUGUUAAGCAGUCUGCUGGGAGAGCUACUCCCGAGCCAGGGGAAGGUCAGCGUGCACGGGAGGAUCGCGUAUGUUUCUCAGCAGCCCUGGGUGUUCUCAGGAACUGUGAAGAGUAACAUUUUAUUUGGGAAGAAAUAUGGAAAGGAUCGAUAUGAAGAAGUAAUAAGGGCUUGUGCUUUGGAAGAGGAUUUGCAACUUUGGAAGGAAGGAGAUCUAACAGUGAUAGGAGAUGGAGGAAUCACACUGAGUGAAGGACAGAAAGUCCGGAUCAGCCUAGCAAGGGCUGUGUAUCAGGACGCAGACAUCUACCUCCUGGAUGAUCCACUCAGUGCAGUGGAUGCAGCAGUCAGCAGGCACUUGUUUGAACAAUGUAUUUGCCAAGCCUUGCGUGAGAAGAUCACAAUCUUAGUGACUCAUCAGUUGCAGUACCUAAAAGCUGCAAGUCAGAUUCUGAUAUUGGAAAAUGGCAAGAUGGUACAAGAGGGGACUUACAGUGAAUUCAUGAAAUCUUGGGUAUAUUUUGAUACUCCUUUAAAGAAGGAGAAUGAGGAGGCUGAACCAUCUCCGGGUCCAGGAACUCUCAGUCUGAGGAAUCAGACCUCCUCUGAGACUUCAGUUCAGUCUCAACAGGCUUCCACACCGUUGUUGAAAGAUGCUGCUCCUGAGGGCCGAGAUACUGAGAAUAUACAGGUUACACUAUCAGACGAGAGUCAUUUGGAAGGAAGUGUUGGCUUUAAGACCUACAAGAAUUACUUCACUGCUGGUGCUCAUUGGUUAACCAUGGUUUUCCUUAUUCUAGUAAACAUUGCAGCUCAGGUCGCCUACGCCCUGCAGGACUGGUGGCUUGCAGACUGGGCAAAUGAACAGAGUGCCCUGUAUGGCAUGGUGUAUGGUAAAGGAAAUAUAACUGUGGUGCGUGAUCCUGUCUGGUACUUUCAAACUUAUUCAGUUUUAACUGUAGGUACUGUCCUUUUCGGCAUCACAAGAUCUCUGUUGUUAUUCUACAUCCUUGUCAAUUCUUCACAAAUUUUGCACAACAAAAUGUUGGAGUCUAUUUUGAGAGCUCCAGUAUUAUUCUUCGAUAGAAAUACAAUAGGAGGAAUUUUAAAUCGUUUCUUCAAAGACAUUGGACAAAUGGAUGACUCACUGCCCCUGAUGUUUCAAGUUUUCAUGCAGUCAUCUCUACUUUUGAUUGGUAUGGUGGGUGUUAUGGUGGCCAUGAUUCCUUGGAUUGCAAUACCUGUGAUUCCCCUUGGCAUCAUUUUCUUUGUUCUCCGGCGAUAUUUCUUAAAGACUUCACAAGAUGUCAAAUGCCUGGAAUCUACAACUCAGAGUCCGGUAUUGUCCCACUUAGCAUCUUCUCUGCGGGGACUCUGGACCAUCCGGGUGUACAAAGCUGAACAGAGGUUUCAGGAGAUGUUUGAUGCAUAUCAGGACUUGCAAUCAGAGGCUUGGUUUUUAUUUUUGACCACAACUCGAUGGUUUGCUGUGCGUCUAGAUGCCACCUGUGCCAUCUUUGUCACCGUUGUUGCUUUUGGGUCUCUGUUUUUGGCAAAUACUUUGAAUGCUGGUCAGUUUGGCCUGGUACUCUCCAACGCCCUCACCCUUAUGGGAAUGUUCCAGUGGUCCAUCAGGCAAAGCAUCGAAGUUGAGAAUAUGAUGAUUUCAGUAGAAAGAGUGAUUGAAUACACAGAUCUUAAGAAAGAAGCACCUUGGGAAUAUGAGAAUCGUCCACUGCCAUCCUGGCCCCAUGAAGGAAACAUUUUCUUUGAUAUUAACUUUAGGUACAGCUUGGACGGGCCUCUGGUAUUGAAGGAUCUGAGAGCAUUUAUUGAGUCAAGAGAAAAGGUUGGCAUUGUAGGAAGAACAGGAGCUGGAAAAAGUUCCCUUAUCGCUGCCCUAUUUAGACUGUCAGAACCUGAAGGUAGCAUUUGGAUUAAUGAGAUCUUGACAACCAGUAUUGGACUUCACGAUUUACGGAAGAAAAUGUCAGUUGUACCUCAGGAACCUUUUUUAUUCACUGGAACAAUGAGGAAAAACCUGGAUCCCUUUAAUGAACAUACGGAUGAUGAACUGCAGAAUGCUUUGGAAGAGGUACAACUUAAAGAAGCCGUUGAAGGCCUUCCUGGUAAAAUGGAUACUGAAUUAGCAGAAUCAGGAUCAAACUUAAGUGUUGGACAGAGACAACUGAUGUGUCUGGCCAGGGCUCUUCUCAGGAAAAACCGGAUAUUGAUUAUUGAUGAAGCCACAGCACAUGUGGAUCUAAGAACUGACGAGAUGAUAAAAAGAAAAAUCUGGGAGAAAUUUGCCCAGUGCACUGUGCUAACCAUCACACACAGGGUGAGCACCAUUAUUGACAGUGACACAAUAAUGGUUUUGGAUUCGGGAAGACUGGAAGAAUAUAAUGAGCCAUAUGUUUUGCUGCAAAAUACAGACAGCCUGUUUUACAAGAUGGUGCAACAACUGGGUGAGGCAGAGGCCACUGCCCUCACUAAAACAGCAAAACAGGUGUACUUCAAAAUGAAAUAGUCAAAUAUUACUCACAGUUACCAUGUGGUUAUGAACACUUCCAGUGGACAACCUGCAGCCUUAAUAAUGUUUGAGUCAACACUGUGAUUCUACCAUGAGGUCAGGUCAAUUCUGAAAGCAUUUCUUCAAUAGUUUUUGCACUGCAUAAACUAUACUGUUAUUUUUUUACACCAGCAACAAAUAUUUACACAUUACAAUAUAUUAGUUUACUCAGACUUU